AUGGCGUUCAUGAUGCCAGUAGUGAAGAACGAUUGGGAUAUUUACAACUCCCAGAGAUCGCGACGGGCUUCCGAGUCCGCAGACAAGGCUUCAUUUGGGGGUCGGAUGCGCAAAGUGUCAGAAUCGCGUUCGGAAGGACCUACAUUUUCGCCACGGACAUCCUCCCAUGUUUUGAGUCCUCACCGGAGCGCGCCAGCCAUGCGAUCGGUAUCGUAUGGUCGCAUGCCGCCUUCACGAGUGUCGCUGCGAGCGCAAGAAAGCGCCAAGGGUACGGUUAGCCCUCCCAGCGCCCGGGAGGACAAGUUUCACAGCAGGUUGGUUGAGAAGUUAAAACGAGCGUUCAGUCGUUCGGACUCCCGGAGGGAGGAAAGGAGCUCGUGA